AUGGAUUCCAAAAUAGGGAAGACGUUUAAAUUAACAAAAAAAUUAGGAAGUGGAGCCUUUGGAGAAAUAUUUCACGGGAUAAAUCUUAAAAAUAACAUAGAAGUAGCUAUUAAAUUAGAGCCUAUAAGUGCCAAGCAUCCUCAAUUAUACUAUGAGGCAAAACUCUAUUAACAUCUUAGUUAGGACAAUGCUUCUGUAGAAAAGGGGAUUCCCCAAGUCUAUUAUUGUUCGACUGAGGGAGAUUACAAUAUAAUGGUAAUGGAUUUAUUGGGACCAUCCCUUGAGGAGUUGCUCACACAAUGUUAACGAAAGUUCUCAUUGAAGACUGUGUUAAUGCUGGUUGAAUAGAUGAUCACUAGAGUAGAAUUCAUUCACUCCAAGGAUUUUCUGCAUAGAGACAUAAAACCAGAUAAUUUCUUAAUGGGUUUGGGGAAAAGAGCAUAGAUACUGUUUAUGAUUGACUUUGGGUUGGCAAAGAGAUUCAUUACAAGAGAUGGGUCUCAUAUUCCUUAUAGGGAGAAGAAGAAUUUGACAGGUACUGCUAGGUAUGCAUCAAUUAACACUCAUCUCGGAUUAGAACAGAGCAGAAGGGAUGAUUUGGAAAGUAUUGGAUAUGUUUUAAUAUAUUUUCUGAAAGGGACAUUGCCUUGGCAAAAUUUAAAAAAUAACAACAAGAAGGACAAAUAUGAAAGAAUCAUGGAAUCCAAAAUAGCCACGAGCAUUGAAUCAUUAUGUUCAGGAACACCAAUGGAAUUCUAAUAAUAUCUCAAAUAUUGUAGAAAUUUAUAAUUUACAGAGAAACCAGAUUAUGAUUUUUGUAGACAGCUCUUUCGAGAUUUAUUCUAAAAACAACGAUUUGUUAUGGAUUAUCAAUAUGAUUGGAGUUAGAAAAGAAUAGAACAAAUUAAUUCAUAACAAUAGACAAUCUAAUAAUGA